CCCAAGAGCGAACUCCGGUCGCAAACGCAGGUCGCCGGUGCUCGGAGGCGGACCUGGCGGAGCCUUGAAGAUCGGCGAGCCAAGGGCGGAGGGAGCCUCCGAAGGGCCGCUUUUUGUUAGACCCGACGAGAUCGGAUUCUGUCGUCCUCCCAGCAGGAUUUGUCUGAAACGAUGUGAAGAAGGAAGAAGACUUCCAGCCGGCCACCAUGGAGCUUCCAAACUACAGCCAGCAACUGCUUCGACAGCUGUACGCUUUCUGCAAGGAACAGCAAUUCUGCGACUGUAGCAUCUUGGUCGGGGAAUCCCAUUUCCGAGCACACAAGCUUGUGCUAGCAGCAGCCAGUCUGUUGUUGAAGUCCCUGCUGGAGAGUACGGAUACUAUCUCUAUUGAUGCAUCCGUGGUGGCCCCGGAUGACUUUGCCCUGCUGCUAGAGAUGAUCUAUACGGGCAGACUGCCCCUUGGGAAGCACAAUUUCACCAAGCUAAUCUCUGUGGCGGACAAUCUGCAGAUGUUUGACGUGGCCGUCAGCUGCAAAGCCCUCCUCAGGGACCUCCUAAGCCGCUCAAAUCAAGACCACACGCGGAGGGACUUCUCCGUUCAGACAGUCGGCGUAUCCAGUGAAAGCACUGCUAUGUCUAACUCUUCCCAGGCCAUGGUGCUCGAUGCCAAAGUUGCAGUGGACUCACAGCCUUCUGUUAGAUCUCCUCGUUCUGCAGACUCUGUUAACACUGUCAAAAUAGAAGGACAGAACGCACAUUCAACCUCGACUCAUGAAGGAGCUGUGGAUCAGGAGACACUUCCCAAUUCUCGUACCUGGCAUUCUGAAAUUUGCCCCGGACAGUGUCCCGAUGGACAGGGCAUCUGCGAGGGAAGGGAGAGCACAGAGCCCCCAGAAGAGAGGGGCGUGGUGGAAGGUGCAGGAAGCUCAGGAGAGAAGAAGGUUGCAGCUGCUCUGCUUCAGAAAAGAAGGGAAGAGCUUGUUCAGAACGUGACUGAGUUGGGGCCCAUCCGAGAUCUCUUGGGAAAAGCAGAGGAGGAUUUCCUUCCUGAGACUGAAAAGCAGAUGAUACUGGGCUGUUGUCAGAACAGCUCAGCAAAGGAGGCUGUGGAAAAUCUGAUAAAAGCAGCAGUGGAGGAGAAAACCCUGAAAGCAGAGAGUCUGCUCAAACUUCUAUUUGCCCUGAAAGCAUCACUCCCCGGCCUACAUCAUGUACUGAACAACUGGGAGCCAGCAGCAGUCGAAUCUGAUGGCACAGCCAGAUGGAAUCUUGAAGCCUAUGGGAAGAACCUCUUGAGACACCACCAGGCCACUCUUGCCGGAUUUGUUGUCGACCCCCAGCUGUUGCAGAAAGAGCUCUCUGCAGUGCGGCAUCUGGCGGCUGGAGACCGAGAGGUGAUGGAGAAGAUUGCAACAGGUGUAGCCGGGUCCAAAGUGCUUGCGGUGUUGGCCUCUGCAGCCCUGGAAGAAGAGACUCUUUCAGCAGUGGCUAUUUGGCAGCUGCUGCUGGCGCUGCAAGGUCAGGAGUCACCUCUGAAACAGUUCCUGGAGGAGAUGCAGAAGGAUGCCGAUGCUGACCUCUUCUUCCAAACCAUUGGCUCUAGCGUUGGCAUUGUCACAGAAAUAAUACUGAGACAUCGCGAACUGAUCUCCGAGGCCCUCCGGCGGCGAGCAGAGCUUGUGGGGUUACCACCGGCAGAAGCGGACCUGGCCAAGGCAAUGAACGAGCUGCUGAACAUUGACCUGCUGGAGGGGACCCCCACAGCAUCCUGGAAGGCAGCUCUGAGCAGCACCCUUGGCACAUCCGUGCCUGCCAACCAGAUCUGCCAGCUCCUCUGCGGCGCUCAGGGGUUCUUCCCAGGCCUGCAGCCAGUCGUGCGGGAACUGCGCCAGGCAGGGCUGUUGACGGAAGGAGGUGAGGCCGAUGCCCAGCGAUGGCUGGCGGAAAAGGAGUCCCCGCUUGAAGACACGGGCCAAGAAGUAAACGAGCAGAAGGCCGAGCUUGGGGUGCCGCCCGAGGGUGCUGCCCCAAAGAGGAGCUUCACCUGCAAGGCCUGCGGGAAGAGCUUCCGCUUCUACUGCCGCCUCCAGGUACAUGAGAAACGCUGCUGCGUCGCCAGCCAGAAGCAAGACCCCUGCAAAGACUGCAAUGAGACGAGGGCUUCCAGGAAGGAGCUUGAGAAAUGCCCCCCGGAGACUCCAGGCUCUGCCUCCAGGAAGAAAAAGAAAAAGCGCCUCCCCGUGGCUUGCGACAUCUGCGGUCGAGAAUUUGCUCACGCCUCAGGGAUGCAGUACCACAAACUGACGGAGCACUUUGACGAGAAGCCCUUCUCCUGCGACGAGUGCGGAGCCAAAUUUGCCGCUAACUCCACACUGAAGAACCACCAGCGCCUGCACUCUGGGGAUCGGCCCUUUGUCUGCAAACACUGCCGGACCGCUUUCUCACAGGCCUCCGCCCUUGCCUACCAUACUAAGAAGAAGCAUGCAGAGGGGAAGAUGUACGCCUGCCAGUACUGUGCCGCAGUCUUCGCGCAGUCGAUUGAGCUGUCCCGCCACGUGCGCACCCACACCGGCGACAAGCCCUAUGUCUGCAGGGAGUGCGGGAAGGGCUUUCGCCAAGCAAAUGGCCUCUCCAUUCAUCUUCGCACCUUCCACCACAUUGACGAUCCCUACGACUGCAAGAAGUGCCAGAUGAGCUUCCCCACGCUGCAGGAACACCGCAAGCAUAUCCACAUGACCCACGCCAGGGAGUACCACCCGUGUCCAACGUGCGGGAAGGUCUUCAGCGCACCGUCCCUGCUGGAGCGUCACAUGGUCACCCAUGUCGGGGGGAAGCCCUUCAGUUGCGAGAUCUGCGACAAAGCUUAUCAGCAGUUGUCGGGGCUGUGGUACCACAAUCGGACCCAUCACCCAGAUAUCUUCGCAGCCCAGAACCACCGUUCUUCCAAGUUCUCCUCGUUACAGUGCAGCUCUUGUGAUAAAACUUUUCUCAGCACCGCAGCCUACAGAAAACACACCAAGGAAGAACAUGCAGAUGUGGUGUUCCACGAGUGUGAGCAGUGUGGGGGUCUCUUCCCCACCCUGGCCUUGCUGCAGGCUCACCUGAAGCGUCAGCACUUGGGGUCCCAGGCAUUCCUCUGCCCACACUGCUCGGCGUCCUUCCACCUCCAGGAGACACUCCAGCACCAUGUGGCCACAGAACACACCACGCAGGCAGAACCGUCGCUCGGGUGCAGGCUGUGUGGGGAGCUCUUUUCCGGGCAGGAGCAGCUGGAGGAGCACUGUGGGGCCGAGCACCCCAAAGUGGUGUUUGCAGGCUCACAAGUCCCCGCGGCCCAUAUAGUGCAAGUGAUUCAGGCGCCAGAGCAGGUGAUCGCUCUCACUGAGUCAGAGCUCACCGGCUCCCACGUGUUCCUGACGCUGCCGGAUGCCCAAGGAUACCAAGGCAGAACUGAGCUGGUGACGGUGACCAUGGAAGACCUGCUGGACGAGAAAGUCACUCUGAUCUGCAAAGAAGCGGAGUGA